AUGACCACUCCCACUUCCAAGUCCUCCUACUCCCUUUACAAACCCCUCGCUCACGGCCGAUACCUGGUCCGGCGCAUCACCGACGGCGAGCUGCUCCUCGCCGAGCCGCUGGACCUCGACCCCAACAUCAUCCACAGCACCAGCACCAGCGAACACGGACGAACCCGCACCCUCCUCCGGCACGGCGCAUGCCAACCGGCGGCCGCGCUCCUCAACCAUGAGAACCUCCUCUGUAUCUACGACGAGCUCGUCGCUAUCCCGCUGACCCAGGAGGAGGAGGAGGAGGAGGAGGAUGUCGGCGGCAUGAGAAGGAACUUGGUGACGAGGCGGAUGCUGGUGUAUGACUACUGUGACAUGGGGACGCUGCAGGAUCUCUUUGAUGAGCAUGAACCGCAGUUACGGACCACUCUUCAACAUCAUCAGGAGCAGGUGGAGGAGGAUGACGGUGCUAGAUGUUGGGGUGAUACUGAUACUGCUGCUGGUGGUGUGCACGUGGGCAACAUUGGUACCCGUCGUCGGCACAGAGAAAAAGAAGUUGAAGAAGCAAUCGCUCCAGCCGGCGGCUUCUUCCCGGAGGCGUUCAUUUGGCACGUUGCGCUGGGUCUGCUCAGGGCUCUGCAGUGGCUGCAUGAGGGCGUGGGGGAUACGUACGGGGUCUCUACCCCGAGGGGAAUUGAGACGUUCGCUCCCGUGAAGCUGGGGAAUUUUGGCAAGUGUUGGGCCUCUGGGGGCGUUGUCAAGUCCAUGGAGACUCCGGUCGUGGCGAUGCCGGAGAAGGAUGAGGUCCCCUUGGGGUUGUUGAGGGAGAGGGCAGGAAGGUGGAAGAGGGAUGGGUUUGGGUUGGAAAGGUCGGAACGGCCUUAUACGCGCGGAAGCGAGCUCUGCGCUGUCGGGGCGAUGCUCUACGAAAUGAUGUGCGGCCGCCCCCUGCCGCCGGCAGAUGAGUGCUCGGAAUGCGGAUGCGUCCACAUCACCGCCAACGAUGCCGAGGAGUCCACUCCCUGCGACCAUGACUGCGUUGGGGAUGUCAACAUCCAGAAGGUGUUCGAGCCGUUGUUCCAAUACACGGCCGGCCUGAAGGAGCUGGUCAUGCACCUGCUGCGGCUCAACUACGCUGACAACUGGUAUGCGAGCACGGUGUUGGAUCAUGCCUGGGCGGGGUUUGAGAGCUGGGCUGCGAAGACGGAAGAUGGGCGACUAUAUCGGGAUACUUUCGACAACAUCUGGCUCAGGAGGCAGAACCUGACGAGGCUCAAGAAGUGAGGUGGUGAUGCGGAGAAAGAAGAGGCCGCGGAAGUCAUGGAGCCUGAUGUUUUGGUUGUCUAGUGCAUG